UAGUGCACACGGCGGGAGCGCGCAGGAACACCGAGGCGCGCGUACACAGCUGUCAGCACCAAGGACAGCAGCCGCUUAAAGCCCGCAGCGACCUUCAAGGAAUCCCCGGGUGUGAGAGCACCGGCAAGCGGCCGUGGACUGCAGGAGACGCCGCGUGGAGACGGAGAUGUUCCCCGCAGAAUGACGACGGCGCUCAUUCCUCCGCAGUGCACAUAAACCCCGCAUCUCUUCUCCGCGGUUCCCCGGCUCUUUCUUCCACCCCCCACCCUCCCCUCCGUGUGCCUCCAUCUUCCACAACGCCCACACGCGUCGUGCCUGCCUGCCUGCCUGCCUGCCGAGCCGCGCUGCUGCCCAGAAGCCUCCCGAGCACCGCGGAGAGGAGGAGGAGGAGGCGGCGGCGGCGGAGUGACCGGGCGGCGAGGUUGCGUGUGCUGCUGGACAAGAUGCGGCUCCUGAUGCUGGCGGUGCUGCUCUCCUGCUCGUGCGCGCGGGCCGGCUGCGAGCCCAAGAUCGUCAACAUCGGCGCCGUGCUGAGCCAGAAGAGGUACGAGCAGGUGUUCAAGGACGCCGUCACCCAGGCCAACCAGGUCUACGGCCGGGACAAGUUCAAGCUGACCGCCAUCUCCGUUACGCACAAACCCAACGCCAUCCAGAUGGCUCUGUCGGUGUGCGAGGACCUCAUCUCCAGCCAGGUCUACGCCAUCCUCGUGAGUCACCCGCCCCAGUCCAAUGACCACCUGACUCCGACACCCGUUUCCUACACCGCAGGCUUCUACCGCAUCCCUGUGGUCGGGCUCACCACUCGCAUGUCCAUCUACUCAGACAAGAGCAUCCACCUGUCCUUCCUGCGGACCGUCCCCCCGUACUCCCACCAAGCACACGUGUGGUUCGAUCUGAUGCGCGAGUUCAACUGGAACCACAUCAUCCUGAUCGUGAGCGACGACCACGAGGGGAGGGCCGCUCAGAAGAGGCUGGAGACCCUCCUGGAGGAGAGGGAAACCAAGAAUAAAAAAAGGAACUAUGAAAACCUCGACCAACUGUCCUAUGACAACAAGCGAGGACCUAAGGCAGAGAAAGUCCUCCAGUUCAGCCAGGAUACUAACUUAACGGCUCUGCUGCUGGAGGCCAAAGAACUGGAGGCUCGGGUCAUCAUCCUUUCCGCCAGCGAGGAAGACGCCGCCGCCGUGUACAAGGCCGCCCGCUUCCUCAACAUGACGGGCUCCGGCUACGUGUGGCUGGUGGGCGAGCGGGAGAUGUCGGGUAAAGCGCUGAGCGAGGCGCCAGACGGUCUUAUCGGCCUGCAGCUCAUUAACGGGAAGAAUGAGUCGGCUCACAUCAAUGACGCGGUGGCGGUGGUGGCGCAGUCCAUCCAGGAGCUCUUUGAGAAGGAAAACAUCACAGAGCCGCCAAAGGGAUGUGUGGGCAACACCAACAUCUGGAAAACAGGGCCUCUCUUCAAACGGGUGCUGAUGUCAUCCAAAUACCCAGAGGGCCUCACGGGACGCGUGGAGUUCAAUGACGACGGCGACAGGAAGUACGCCCACUACAGUAUUCUCAACUACCAGAAGAGUCGACUCAUUCAAGUUGGCGUUUAUAACGGGACACAGCUGGGCAAGACACUCCACUCACAUUGCCCUCAGGGUCACCCACACUUGGAUGCUUCGGUGUCCAAGAUGCCGACCCACGACCAUGGUCCGUUCCCCGGGCUACCCAAAGCUCCUCAACAGGAUGGGUUAAAAGCAGACAACGAGGUCUUUCUUUACCCACAACCCUCAUGA